UUUUGUUUAUACAAAUUGUAUUUUUGUUUGUUAUUUGGAAAAAUUUCACUGUUAAGUCUUCUGGACUUUGCAGUUCAACAAAAUGUCGACACUAAGAAAAUAAUGCAAAAGUUUACGGAAAAAGUCCACUGUGAAGAGGAAAGGCACGAGAUUGUAUGGGUUAAGCGAAAAAUUAAUGAGGAAUCAAGUGACGAUAAAGCCGAAAGCAAUAAGCAAAUAGAGACCGAUAAUUUGCAAUUGUUUCCCAUUGUUUAUUCAAAGCAAUAUGGUGUACAUUUUGCUAAAUUGGAAAAACUACAUCCUUUUGAUGCAGAGAAAGGCAAACACAUAGCUAAGUUACUAAACGAGGCGAAAUGGAUUGAAAAUUGGAAAUUCUACGAGCCUUUAGAAAUAAGCAAAGAGGAAUUGUUAAAAGUUCAUACACCCGAAUAUUUGCGUAGUCUUAAUUGGAGUAUAAAUGCAGCCAAAAUCUCUGAGAUUCCUCUACUUGCAUUUGUACCAAAUUGUUUCGUGCAAUGCGGUUAUUUGAAACCUAUGCGUUUCCAAACGGCUGGUUCAAUUUUGGCUGGAAAAUUGGCUCUAAAUCAUGGCUGGGCUAUAAAUCUUGGUGGAGGUUUUCAUCAUUGUUGUUCUUAUCGAGGAGGAGGAUUUUGUGCAUAUGCUGACAUCACUUUAUUAAUACAGCGUACAUUCGCUGAGGAAUCUUAUAUAAAAAAAAUAAUGAUUAUAGAUUUGGAUGCUCAUCAAGGAAAUGGACAUGAAAGAGAUUUCCUUAAUAAUAGAAAUGUUUACAUAAUGGAUAUGUAUAAUGCUUAUAUCUACCCAAAAGAUGAGCCAGCUAAAUUGGCAAUAGAUUGUGGGGUGGAAUUGCUCCCCAAAACGGAAGAUGCUGAGUACUUACGAUAUCUUAAACGUGGAUUGCAAUUUGCUCUUAAAGAAUUCCGGCCGCAAUUAGUGGUUUACAAUGCUGGAACAGACAUAUUAUUAGGAGAUCCUUUAGGUGCACUCUCUAUCACCCCAGAGGGUGUAAUCGAACGGGAUCGUUUUGUAUUUUCCACCUGUCGUUCAGAAAAAAUACCCAUUGUUAUGCUAUUAAGUGGUGGCUAUCUAAAAUCUUCUGCCAAAGUUAUAGCAGAAUCCAUAAUUAAUCUUAAACAUCAAGACCUCUUGACAUUGAGAUAAAAAAAAAAGUUUUAUUUAUUUUUAAUGCCGAGCAAAAUUUAACAUUUACUAUGUAUGUACCUUCAGCUUUGUAAAACAAGACUGCGAAAUUAUUAAA